AUGUCUACCAUACAAAGAAAGGGCAGCAGCCACCUGUUCAACAGUUUGCACACCUGUAGACUGAAGGUUCCAGAGGACCAGCAACAUCAAGAAAAAUCUGUCAUUGCUCAACCAAUAUUUAUUUUUGAAAAGAGAAAACAAACUUUUAAGAGACCUGCAGAAGACACCCUGUAUGAAGCAGCAGAACAUGAGUGUAAUGAUUCUUCAAGAAAGCGUGUCCGGUCUUCAUCUUUUACUUUGCAUACUACAGAUUCUCAGUCCCAAGAAGCAUCAACCUUGUCCCAGAAGCGACUAAGAUCGUCAUCCUUCACGGAUCUCCCGACCUUCCCCCCUUCUGGGCCAGUGAAGAAAAACAAUGUUUUUAUGACAUCAACUUUUGUGCAAAGGAAUGUUGAUACGAACAGUGCAGAACAAGGCCCUGUGAAACAUUCUGAACAUGUUCUAAGACCUGCUAUCUUGCAGCCACCUCAAGCUCAAAAGUGUAUAAAAGUAAGAAAAGCAUUUGGACACGAUGUGCUGGAAUCCUGCAAGAGUAGAGAAAAAAACAAAAAUAAGAUUUCUGAGGAGAACUCCUAUUUGCUAAGUGAAAAUUUACCAAGUGCCAGAAUUUCAGUCCAGCUGUCUACUAACCAGAAUUUUUUAGGUCCUACAUCAGUAGGAUGUCAACCAAAUGAAGAUAAGUAUUCUUUUAAAAGCUGCAGUUCUGAUUUCGUUUUUGGAGAAAACAUGGUAGAAAGAGUUUUGGGUACUCAAAAACUCACUCAGCCUCAACUUGAAAAUGAUUCAUACAUCAAGGAAAAACCAUUCAAAUUCACUUUAAAAUUUCCUAUCAACGCUCCAAACUCAAGAACAGACUCUCUUAAGAAUAUACCCCUAACUGAAUCAGCUGCUGCUUUCUCUUCUAAACCAUCACCAAAAUGUUUGCUGGAGAAAAUUGAUGUCAUAACCGGGGAGGAGACAGAGCACAGUGUGUUAAAGAUCAACUGCAAGCUUUUUAUAUUCAACAAAACAACACAGUCCUGGAUUGAAAGGGGCAGAGGAGCUUUGAGACUGAAUGACACAGCAAGCAGUGAUUGUGGAACAUUCCAGUCAAGACUAAUUAUGCACAAUCAAGGCAGCCUGAGGCUGAUUCUCAAUAGUAAACUCUGGGCUCAAAUGGAGAUUCAAAAAGCAAACCACAAAAAUUUACGAAUAACAGCUACUGAUUUAGAAGACUAUAACAUCAAAGUGUUUUUAAUUCAGGCCAGUGCCAAAGAUACAGGAUGUAUGCAUGCAGCAAUACAUCACCGUCUUGUUGCACUUCGAAGCUUCUAUAAGCAGAAAGAUGCAAAUCAAGCUGAAAGCCAGUCAGAAACAGUCCUCCAACAAUUUAACUGUGAUAGCUGUGAUGAGGAUGAGGAUGAGAAUGAUUUUAUCCAAGUCACUAAAACUAGAUCAGAUUCUUCUAGGUGGACCCACAGACAGUCGGUUGCCUGUUCAUGA